UUCGGCCGCCUGGUCUUCCCGUCCUCUUCCAGGCCGUAUUGAAAACUGCAGAGCCAGGUGCAUUCACAGUCACCGCGCUGCAUAGCGUUUGUUUCUGAUCGACAAAACUGCUGCCAUAGGAGAGAAGAAUCAUGGUUCAGGCUAAGUGUUGGGUCAUGACUAAGCACUUUGAUGGUUUCCCAAAAACCAGCGACUUUGAGCUGAAGGAGGAGGAGCUCCCUGAGCCAAAAGAUGGAGAGGUGCUUCUGGAAGCAGUAUUUCUCAGUGUCGACCCGUACAUGAGACCUUUCAGCAGAUUUCGCAUGAAGGAGGGCGAUGUCAUGAUUGGAACUCAGGUGGCCAAAGUGAUCCAGAGUAGAAAUCCAGCAUUUCCUGUGGGAAGCCACGUUGUGAGUAACAGUGGCUGGAGAACCCACACAGUCAGUGAUGGGACUGGCCUCACUCCCAUCCUGCCUGAGUGGCCUAAAGAUGUGUCCCUGUCUCUGGCUCUGGGUAUCAUCGGCAUGCCCGGACUGACGGCUGUUUAUGGGAUAGAAGAAGUCUUGGGACUCCAGCAGGGUGAGACCCUGCUGGUGAACGCUGCAGCUGGAGCGGUGGGCUCCGUGGUGGGACAGAUCGCCAAGAUCAAGGGCUGUAAGGUGGUGGGCUCAGCAGGGACUGAUGCCAAAGUAGCUUACCUCAGAGAGAUGGGAUUUGAUGAGGUCUUCAACUACAAAACUGUUGGUUCCCUGGAGGAGGCUCUGAGGAAGGCUUCACCUGAAGGAUACGACUGCUUCUUUGAAAAUGUGGGAGGGUCUUUUUCAACUGUUGCUCUGCAGCAGAUGAAGAACUUCGGAAGAAUUGCUGUGUGUGGAAGUAUUUCCGUCUACAAUGACAGCACACCCCAGACAGGGCCGUACCCCCACCUCACCAUGAUCUUGAAGCAGUUGAAGAUGGAGGGCUUCAUGCAAAGCAGGUGGGAGCACAAGCACCCUGAAACCCUCAAGAGACUGUUGGCCUGGGUGAAAGAGGGCAAACUGCAGUACCGGGAGCACGUCACAAAAGGCUUUGAAAACAUGCCGGCUGCUUUUAUGGGGAUGCUGCAGGGAGAAAACAUCGGCAAGGCUGUGGUCGCAGUCUGAAGGGUUCAAUACAAAAGAGCCAGCAUUAGUAAUAACAGGCAUUAUUACACAAUCUAUGAAUGAAUGAAGGAUUGAGCAAUAAACAGCACAUAGUAAUUUCACAUUAACAUUUUACUAUUGGCGCAGCACGGUGGAACAGUGGUUAGCACUCCUGCCUCACAGCAGGAAGGUCCUGGUUUCAAAUGUUCUUAUGUUCUCCCUGUUUGGUGUUUUUUGUAAUCACAGAAGUAGCAAUUAAACGACUCUGGGAUUUGGUCUCAUAGUUUAGUCAUUCAAAGAAAUGUGAUUUCUAAUCUAAUCUGCAUUACUUCAUACCAAAUUAUUAGUUAAAUCUGAAACUGUUUUGAAAUUGUGAUUGUAGUUUUAAACGUCUCCAUUUGCAGCAUUAUUUUGUAGUUGUAUUUUUUUAUUUUAUUUUUUUACAUUUAGACUUUUUAUGUAGCACCACCGUCGUCAUCGUUCAGCAGACACUGAAAUCUGAAUGAAGAAGGAAAGUGGUGAUUAGUCGAAGGACAUUCUGUUACGGCUUCAAACGCCUGGGUGAGCAGUACAAAUCUCUGCCUGCGGCCUUUGCACAUUAUUCACUGCAGUAUAGUUAACCAAGUGCUUUGUAUUUACUGGAAACCCUUCUGUGGAUAAUAAAGUUUUUGUUUCUUA